AGAGUGAAAACCUAACAGCUCGCGGGAAAGAGGCGGAAAUGCGAGUGGGAGCGCCUCCGUUUGUUGUCUGACGCUCUUUCCGUCCAGCGUUCGUAGCGGUCGGGAUUUCGCCCCGGUCGGGGUUCCGCGCCGCGAGACAAGAUGCUCAAGUCCAAAACGUUCCUAAAGAAGACGCGCGCGGGCGGCGUGGUGAAGAUCGUGCGCGAGCACUACCUGCGGGAUGACAUCGGCUGCGGCGCGCCGGCCUGCUCGGCCUGCGGUGGGGCGCAUGCCGGCCCGGCCCUGGAGCUGCAGCCCCGCGAUCAGGCGAGCAGCCUCUGCCCGCGGCCGCACUACCUUCUGCCGGACACCAACGUGCUGCUGCACCAGAUUGAUGUUCUGGAGGAUCCUGCCAUCAGGAAUGUGAUCAUGCUACAGACUGUCAUGCAAGAAGUGAGAAACCGGAGCGCCCCCAUAUAUAAGCGAAUCCGGGAUGUGACUAAUAACCAGGAGAAGCAUUUCUAUACAUUCACUAAUGAGCACCAUAAAGAAACCUACAUAGAGCAAGAACAGGGAGAGAAUGCCAAUGACAGAAAUGAUAGAGCCAUUCGAGUAGCAGCAAAAUGGUACAAUGACCAUCUGAAGAAGAUGUCAACAGAAAAUCAGCUACAAGUUAUCUUGAUAACAAAUGACAAGAAGAACAAAGAAAAGGCGGUAGAAGAAGGAAUACCGGCUUUCACAUGUGAAGAAUACGUAAAGAGCUUGACUGCUAACCCUGAACUUAUAGACCGUCUUGCUUGCUUGUCUGAUGAAAUGAAUGAAAUAGAAAGUGGGAAGAUAAUAUUUUCAGAGCAUCUUCCCUUAAGCAAGCUCCAACAAGGCAUAAAAUCUGGUUCCUACCUUCAAGGGACAUUCAGAGCAAGCAGGGAAAAUUAUUUAGAAGCUACAGUGUGGAUUCAUGGAGACAGAGAAGAUGAAAAAGAGAUUAUUAUACAAGGACUUAAACAUCUAAACAGAGCUAUUCAUGAAGACAUUGUGGCUGUGGAACUACUGCCCAGGAGUCAGUGGGUGGCACCUUCUUCUGUGGUUUUACAUGAUGAAGGUCAAAAUGAAGAUGACGUGGAGAAAGAUGAGGAGAGAGAACUGCUGCUUAAGACUGCUGUAAGUGAAAAAAUGUUAAGGCCUACAGGUAGAGUUGUGGGGAUAAUAAAAAGGAAUUGGAGACCAUAUUGUGGCAUGCUUUCCAAGUCUGAUAUUAAGGAGUCAAGAAGACAUCUCUUUACACCUGCUGAUAAGAGAAUUCCACGAAUUCGGAUAGAAACCAGACAGGCUUCUGCGUUAGAAGGACGGAGGAUUAUUGUCGCUAUUGAUGGUUGGCCCAGAAACUCUAGAUAUCCAAAUGGACACUUUGUAAAAAAUUUAGGUGAUGUUGGAGAGAAAGAGACCGAAACAGAAGUUUUGCUGCUUGAGCAUGAUGUUCCUCAUCAGCCUUUUUCCCAGGCUGUUCUUAGCUUCCUGCCAAAGAUGCCCUGGAGCAUUACUGAGAAGGACAUGAGAAACCGAGAAGACCUGAGGCACCUGUGUGUCUGCAGUGUGGACCCCCCAGGCUGUACUGACAUAGAUGAUGCCUUGCAUUGCAGAGAGCUCAGUAAUGGACACUUGGAGGUUGGUGUUCAUAUUGCGGAUGUUAGCCAUUUUAUCAGGCCAGGAAAUGCGUUGGAUCAAGAAUCAGCAAGAAGAGGAACAACUGUUUAUCUUUGUGAAAAGAGGAUUGACAUGGUUCCAGAGUUGCUUAGCUCCAACCUCUGUUCCUUAAGAUCCAACGUUGACAGGUUGGCAUUUUCCUGUAUUUGGGAAAUGAAUCAUAAUGCUGAAAUAUUAAAAACGAGAUUUACCAAAAGUGUCAUUAAUUCAAAGGCUUCUCUUACAUAUGCUGAAGCACAGAUGAGAAUUGAUUCAACGACUAUGAAUGAUGACAUUACCACUAGUCUCCGUGGACUAAAUAAACUAGCUAAAAUUCUCAAAAAGGGAAGGAUUGAAAAGGGGGCUUUGACUCUAUCUUCUCCAGAAAUCCGAUUCCACAUGGACAGUGAAACUCAUGACCCAAUUGAUCUGCAGACCAAGGAGCUGAGAGAAACAAAUUCCAUGGUGGAAGAAUUUAUGUUACUCGCUAAUAUUUCUGUUGCAAAAAAAAUUCAUGAGGAGUUUUCUGAACAUGCUCUGCUUCGAAAACAUCCGGCUCCACCUCCCUCCAAUUAUGAAGUUCUUGUUAAGGCAGCGAAGUCCAAGAAUUUGGAAAUUAAGACUGAUACAGCCAAAUCUUUGGCUGACUCUUUGGACCGGGCUGAGUCUCCCGAUUUCCCAUACCUGAAUACUCUACUAAGGAUAUUGGCCACUCGCUGUAUGAUGCAAGCUGUGUACUUCUGUUCUGGGAUGGAUAAUGACUUUCAUCACUAUGGCUUAGCCUCCCCAAUAUAUACACAUUUCACUUCUCCUAUCAGAAGAUAUGCAGACAUAAUUGUUCAUCGGCUGUUAGCUGUGGCGAUUGGGGCCGAUUGUACUUAUCCAGAGUUGACAGACAAACACAAGCUUUCAGAUAUAUGUAAAAACCUCAAUUUCCGGCAUAAAAUGGCUCAGUAUGCCCAGCGUGCUUCAGUGGCUUUUCACACGCAGUUGUUUUUCAAAAGCAAAGGAAUAGUAAGCGAAGAAGCCUAUAUUCUAUUUGUAAGAAAAAAUGCAAUUGUGGUGUUAAUUCCAAAGUAUGGCUUAGAAGGUACAGUUUUUUUUGAAGAAAAAGAUAAACCAAAGCCACGUCUUACUUAUGAUGAUGAGAUACCUUCACUCAGAAUAGAAGGUACAGUGUUCCAUGUGUUUGAUAAAGUUAAAGUGAAAAUCACAUUAGACUCAUCAAAUCUUCAACAUCAGAAAAUCCGCAUGGCCCUUGUAGAACCACAGAUACCAGGAAUAAAUAUUCCUCCUGAUGUUUCAGACAUGGAUCUUAAUGGACCAGGGGGAAAGAAGAGGAAACUUGAAAAAUAGCUACAUUCAACAGAAAACUUCAAAGACUGUCUACUUUGACAAGAGCAUCAAAAUUGAAAGCAUAUUACAAGUUCCCGUGUGAUAGCUACUUUUAAAUACAUUUCAAUAAUUUUAAGAAAUUUGCAUUUUUAUUGAGUUGCUGACUGAAUCUAUCUUAUACUGUGCUUCUGCAACAACAAAAAUUAUGCAGAAAAAUUCAUUUGAAUAUCCAUCACUAAAAUGGUGACAAUAACAACUUCAGAGAUCUGUGAUGAUCAUUUAAAUGGAUUAUUCAUCUCAUUGAAGAUGGGAUUAAUAUUAUCUAAGUCCUUUAAUACAGAAAACAGCCUGUCAAUUUCUGAGGAAAAUAACAUUUUAGAAGCAAAGAACAAGCCUUUCUAAAUCUUCAGCUGUCAAUGUUUGACAUUUAAUCUUUUUGCCAUUUUAAUUUGCCUACUUACAUUGUGUUCAUAUAUUUUGAAAAGACUCCUAUUUUACCAGUGGUCCUCAAACACUCUUGAAUGUUUCAGGAUUAUAGGAAAACAAAAACUGGGGUAUCUUGAUGUGAUUUGGAACACUGGUUUUUGUUGUUAACAGGUGUUUUAAGUUCAGUCAUAGUCUCUAAUCUUGGCUGCCAAUAGUUUUCCCACACAAGGCAUUCCAGAGGAGGAGGAAAGGUCUGCUUCCUUAGAGACAGAAAAUGCUCAUAACUGGAAUUACAUGUAGUUAUACAGCUGAGGAGGGCUCGGAGUAAAGACAGAUUAAAAGGAACAAAUGAAGUCUCAUUUGGUGUGCCAGAUUACACUUGUCUUGCAAAUCCCAGAUUAAUGAUUACAUUGGUAUUUAGGAAUAGUUUAACAUGCAACUUUGCUUUACUCCGUUUCCAGUCAAGUAGACUAGUUCUAUACAAAUCCCCAGGUAUAUGUGGAUAUAGCCACAGGUUUUACAAACACACAGGCAUUUGGUAUUGUUUUUUCCCCAGCUUUCUGUUACUGAGGAAAACAUUAGUACAUUAAGGCAGAACUUGAUGUAUCUAAAGGAAGACAAAGUGUUUGGUCCAGAUAAAACCAAUCAGGAGACUGCAAACCUCUUCAUAAAGUCACAGCAUGUCAGACUGUUGGCUGAACUCUAGCCAUAGCAUGACUGCUGUAAUUGUAGUUUAUGAGCAUCCAGAUAAUAUGUAAACAAGUAUGGUUAUGUUCUUGAAAAAAAAUCAUUUACCCAAGGAAACAAGCUUCACAGUUUUAUGUAUAACAGGUUUUGGCUGUUGAGUUGGGCGUAUGGCAUACAGCUAAGUGGUUAACUGUUGCCUAGUAUGUAGCAGGCCUUGGAUUUGAUCUAUUGGAAAACACAAGACAUUCUUGGCACUGACAUGAUGUCUGAUAGGCAACUGUAACUCUGGUUCCAGGAGUUCUCAUACCAUGUCUGGCCUUCAGCAUUCAGGUAAUAUACAGACAUAUAUAAAUACAGGCAAAUAAAAUUUAAAAUGUUAAAAUCUAUUUGCUGUAGUUUACCAGCAUUAGAGACCAUCUUGGUAAUAGAAAGCCAGUAAGUUAUAUCUCCCUGUGUGUUUGUGCAUAUUAGGGCAACAUAAGGAAUACAAGCUUUAAUCAAAAACCUAUAUUCCCCAAAGCCUCUUUCUUGAGGCUUUAAAAUAAUUUCUCUAGUGCAAGUUAUGAAACUAAACAUUACAUAAGACAUGGUCAGCUUUCGAGUGUUCAGGCUGUGCAUCUCCAGAUUUGAAAGGAUGAAGGUACUUAAAAAACAACAAAAACCAGUUAGUGUUCACCCAAAUAACUAUUUUCAUUGUAUUUAUAGUAUAGUAGAUACAGAAGUAAUUUGGAUUUGAUGUAUAUGGAAAGAUGUGCAUACGUUAUAUGCAAAGACUGCCAUUUACAGACAUUAGUAUCCAUUGAUUGUUAUUAUUUUAAUCCAUGGGUGGUCCUAGAACUAGUUCCUCUUAGAUUUGAGGAUGACUGGAUUGCUCUAAAAUUCAAAAAGCAGACAGAUAAGAAAACACCCCUGACCUUCACAUUCUAGAGACUGAAACAAGACUAAAAGUUGAAUGAAAGCUAAGGCUACAUUAUGAGAACAUCUGAAAACAAACUCAAAGAGCUUUUUUAGGACUGCCAUUCCUGUUUAACAGAUGAAGCUUAGCUCAAGGCUAAAGACAAGUUAUUUGAGCCUCGGUUAUAGUUACUACUUUAGACAACUGAUAGGUAGCCAGGGAGACUGCUCCUCUUAGACUCAGAAAUCCGAGAUAAUAGCUGUUUUCAGGUAAACAAACUGGCUAGGCAACUUCCAGGGUUGUAUAUUUCAUAGCAUGGUCAGUAUUGGUAGAGCAGGUAAGGUCACAAGCAGAGUGAGCCAGUGUGUAUAAGUUAGCAGUCAACAUGCCAAGGAUGGAGUACCAUACAGAACGAGGGGCAUGACAUGAUGGGAGGAAAUCUUUAUUUCCUAGGACUAAUGAAUCAUUUUGAGUAUGUCGUUUUUAAGAAAGUACAAAAAUACAAUCCUUGUUUUCAAACAUCCAUCUUUUUCUAAUACAGAGUUUUAAAAUGUAUUUUAUUUAGCUAAUUUCCCAAUUGUUUCUUCAUAGUUGUAAGCUCAACAGGAAUUCCACGGUCUCCCAGUGAUUCUGAUUCUCCUGUGUUCUGUUCAUCUCCCUACCAAGCCUAGAGAUGGCCGUCCAUGCUACUGUGGCAGCCCACAUUCGCCCACAUUCGGCAGCACAUAGAAUGGUGCCCAGUAGCAUCUUUCUUCUACAUUUAGUUUUCAGAGUACUAACUAGAGCAGUUAUACCACGAACCAAGUAAUUUCCCCACAGAAAUGAGGUUUUAGGAAGUCCAUUUUACUUCCUUUUUACCUUCGUAAAUUUUAAAUCUCAAGAUUCCUUUCACAGUUUCAUGUAAAAAUAUAUAGUGCAUUCAGUUUCAACAUUUUUCUCAUGUUCAAGAACUGAUAAGUUCAAGACUAGCAUUCAGAGUCUUAAACAAGCAGUUCAUUGACCCUGUAGGACAGGAGAAAAGCAUGAGGUCUGCCACAGUGUUUUUGUUAAACCACUUGAAGCAAAUAUAAAAAUAUUUAUUGAUUUUAAAAAAUAAAUGUAUAAUUUAACAA